AUGCCCCUCAUGGCCUCGACAACUCCAGAGGAAGAGACUGACGACUCCCUCCCACCAUCCAUGCCGGGACCUAACAUGCCCAGAGACUGGGUCAAGGCCAUGGAGACCAAGCCAACACCGGAGACCGCUCCUCUACCAGCUGUGCUGAUUGUAGUGAAGGGAAUGGAUGAGUGGUGGGACCACGGCUCAGAGAGCCGGGAGGCGGCAGAGCCCCAGGUCAAGAGCAAGGGAGCCCCUGGUGGGGUGCCUGAGGUGAGGGACAUUGGAGAGAGGAAGGAGCAGGACUGUGCCCAGAAGCAGCCUCAGGAGCCCGCGGCAAGCACAGGUGUCCAGAACCAUGGGAGCAGCUGGCAGAGUUUCAUGAAGUGCUUGCUGGAGGUGGAAGAGGAGGAGGCCACGCAUCGAAGGGCCACCAAGGCUCGAGCCCUGCCAAACCGGAAGCCUCCCAGGACCCUGAUCCCUGUGUCCACCUCGGCCUCCAGCCUGCCUCUGACACUGCCUCAGACCCCGGCCUCAGCCUCCACUGCGCCCCCUUCCUGGGCACGGCAGCCAGUCCCAGGGCCAGCCCCUGCCCCUGCCCCUGCCCCUGUGGGAGCCCCCGUCCCAGCCUCGGUACCUGGCACAGUCCUGCCAGCACCCGUCCCCGAGGUGGGCUGGAGAAAGGCAGCACUCCUGCACCAGAGCGGCGCCAAGGCACGGCAGGAGCUGGAGGAAGGCUGCCCCCCGCAGCUGUCUCAGAACUGGGAGGAGCUGGUCGAGGAGCACCUCACCCUGAAGCAGGAGGAAGCCUUCCACAGUUACUUUGAGAUCUUCAGUGGCCACGGCGAGGUGGACGCGCGCAGCCUGGAGAGCGUCCUGUUGCUCGUGGGCAUGUCCCUGACGCCGGCCCAGAUGGAGGAGGCCCUGAUGAGUGCCGAUGUGGACGGAGAUGGUCACGUGGGCUUCAAAGACUUCUUGGCCGUAAUGACGGACACGAAGCGCUUCUUCUGCUCCGUGGAACAGAACGCCUCGACGGACGUGGCUCCCCCGAAUCCCCACACUCUGCUCUUUGAGAUCCUGUCCAUGCUGGUGGAGAUGCUGGCCUUACCCGAGGCAGCCUUAGAGGAGAUCACCAACUAUUACCAGAAGAAGCUGAAGGAAGGCACGGGGAAGACCCAGGAGAUGGACUCGGCCAUAGGCCGGCUGCGGUCCCGGAAGAAGCUUCCCUACAACCCGCAGCAGGCAAACAGCUUGGAAGUCCCAGAGAGAAGGGUCCUCAGGAUCCUGAGUCGCCUGAAGCAGCAGAACUAUGCGGCCAACCUGCAGAGCCCCUAUGCCCAAGUGCCCUGUGUCCCACUCUGCCCAAGGCUGGACAAGAUGGUCGGCCGGAAGCAGGGCGGCCACUACAUGCUGGACCAGUGCAACCCCAUCAGCCUAGGCUCCGACAUCCACAGCCUCCUAAUCCAGUCGGGAUCUCGAGGAGGCAGGGACCACAGCUCUGGGCCAGCCCGAACCCACUGACCCUGCAGAGUCCUGACUCUGGACAGCUGCUCAAGGCCUGCAGAUAUGUCAUCA